AUGGCACCAGACGGGGAGGAGCCCCUCGACGCCUUGGAUGCAGUCGAUUACGAUCCCAUCGAUCACCUGAACGCUAUCUUCUCGCACCCCUCCACAUUAUCCUCCGUCUCCCAGAUCUCCGACGGCCUCCAAACCUACGAAGAUGAGUUGGACGACGACAUUGCCGCCUUGGUCGAGGACCAGGUCACAUCGAAUGCGGAGAGCGUAGAACGCAUCCAAACAGCGAAAGCCGAUCUAUCAGAACUAUUUAAGAAAAUCGACGACGUACGCGAGCGCGCAAGGAAUACCGAACAGGCGAUCACAGAUAUGACGGCCGACAUCAAACAAUUGGAUAACGCAAAACAGAACCUGACCCUGUCGAUGACUGCACUCAAACGACUUCAGAUGCUGACUACCGCCUACGAUCAAUUACAAGCGCUCAGUCGGACACGACAAUACCGCGAUUGCGCGCAGCUCCUACAAGCUGUGAUCCAGCUCAUGGCCCACUUCAAAUCAUACCGAUCGAUUGACCAGAUUGCGAUUCUGAGCAGGAAUGUGGCAGACAUCCAACGGGAUCUUCUUGAGCAAGUGUGUGAGGACUUUGAGAUUGCAUUUUCGAAGGGAGAGGUGUCUCAAAAGCGGGGUGUGCUGUCGGAGGCCUGUCUGGUGGUUGAUGCGUUGGGCGAACAUGCCAGGUCGAGGCUGGUCACUUGGUACUGCAAUACUCAGCUACGCGAAUAUCGCCAAGUAUUCCGAAACAAUGAAGAGGCAGGAUCUCUGGACAAUAUCUCUCGACGAUACUCGUGGUUCCGACGAAUCUUAAAGAUUUACGAUGAAGAGAACGCUGCUAUUUUCCCAGCCUCGUGGCGGGUGAACGAGAUUCUGGCCAAUGUCUUUUGUGAAGGGACUCGAGAUGAUUAUAAAGGAAUUCUGUCUCGAUCUGUUCGCAGCGGCCAAUCCAUCGACGUUAACCUGUUACUCUCCUGCUUGGAAGAAACUCUUGAAUUCGAACAUUCUCUUGAACGCCGCUUUGCUCCUCCUUCCCGACCAUCUACGGAUACAUUCACUUCCACAGAGAACCAGAACCCCACGUUCGGUCAGUCUAUUUCCGAGGCCUUCGAGCCGUAUUUGAGUGUGUGGGUGGAAGCACAGGACAAACAAUUGGCUGCUCUGUUACCCAAAUACCGCCAGCAACCAUUGAGGCCCCUAGAUGAUGAAUUCAAUUCACAUACUGUGAUCUCGUCAUCAACUGAACUUUUUACCUUUUAUCGACACUCUUUGCAGCAAUGCGCCAAACUAUCCACCGGUGGCAGCCUUGCAGAGCUAGCAAAGGUAUUCGCCAAGUACCUCGAUCAAUAUGCACAGCAAGUCCUUCUGGACUAUAUAAGCGAAAAGCCCAGUGGACAGGUACCAGCUAAAAUACCAUCGAUCGAAGACCUAGUCUCCGUUCUUAAUACCGCUGAUUAUUGUUACACCACAUGUAAUCAAUUGGAAGAAAAGAUCAAGGGCCGUCUUGACGAAAGUGUGAAGCAGUCGGUAGACUUGCAAAGCCAAGCAGAUUCCUUCAUGGGAAUUGCUUCCGCUGCCGUGAGAGGACUCGUCCGACAAGUGGAGGUUGAAUUAGAACCGUCAUGGCGAGAAAUGCGCAACACUCCAUGGAGCAAGAUUGAAGCCGUCAGUGACCAAAGCUCCUAUGUGAGCGAGCUACUCUCGCGAACAAAGGACAAAGCAGCAGAGAUUCUCCAACUACUACACAAGCAACAAUACGCGCGUGCUUUUGCAGACCACUUGGUCGAAUUAGUCUCAAGCAUGUUCAUCGCCAACGUUUUCCAGUGCAAGCCCGUUUCAGAAACCGGUGCUGAACAGAUGCUCCUUGACUCCUUCACAUUGAAGAGUGGUCUUACAUCUCUCCUUCCCUCUCCCGCACCCGCAGGAUUCGUCAAACGAGUAAACAACAGCUUCUACAAGAUAGAAACGCUCCUCAAGACUCUACAAGUCCGCCCAUCUCCCCCCGAGGCUCUCGUCCAAGCAUACCUAAUCCACAUCGCGGACCGCAACAACAACAAUUUCCGCAAAAUCCUCGACCUAAAAGGAAUCCGCAACAGACAAGAACAAAACCACCUCGUGGAACUAUUCCAGCUCCACCGCGCCUCAGACCGCUACGCCUCAAACCUCCAACAAAGCAACCCAAUGCUCACUGCCAUCCAAGCCCCAGCAGCAACCACAACGGGCUCUGUAUCCCAAGGCCUCGGUCUAGGCAGUACUUCAUCAAUGCCAUCUCGAUUUGACGCCUCAAUGCUCGGCUCGGCCAUCAUCUCCGCCGCCAAAGAUGGCGUCGACCGCUUCGGAAAUCCCAGCUUGGCAUCGGGUGUUGCUGGUAUCACUGGGACGGGCUCGGCCGCCGGUGUCGCUGGGACAUCUGGUUCCUCGUCGCCUGCUCCGACUGCCGCCGCGCAGCAAGUGAGCCACAUGCAUAGUCCGUCUGAGUCUAGUGCUGCGAAUAACCUCAAUGAGAACUUGAAGAAUAUUGGGAAGUUCUUCCGUCGUGAUCUGGGUGGCUUUGGAGGUCGGUUCGGACGUGGUACCGAAGACACGGCGUAG